CACGCUCACUACCCCUGGGUGGGAUCAGAGGGAGGACGGAAGGCUGGGCAGCCUGUCACUCCCCUCUGGCCCUGGUAGGUGCCAGCAGCCGGCUUGGUGCUCCUCUCAGCUGCCUGCAAUGGCUUCAGGACUGCCCAGCACUGCCGGCCUGGCGCGCUUCUGCCAGAAGCUGAAACGGCUGAAGCCGCUGGAGGAGGCCACCAUGGAGACAUCGCUGCAGCGCUGCCUGUCUGCACUGGACCUAACCCUGCUGGGAGUGGGGGCCAUGGUGGGCUCAGGCCUCUAUGUGCUCACCGGCACCGUGGCCAAGGAAAUAACCGGCCCGGCCGUGAUUGUGUCCUUCACUGUGGCCGCCGUGGCCUCCCUGCUGGCGGCCCUGUGUUACGCGGAGUUUGGGGCACGCGUGCCCCGCACAGGCUCUGCCUACCUGUUCACCUACGUGUCCAUGGGCGAGCUGUGGGCCUUCCUCAUCGGCUGGAACCUGGUGCUCGAGUACGUCAUAGCUGGUGCUGCUGUGGCCCGCGCCUGGAGCGGCUACCUGGACGCCAUGUUCGACCACCACAUCCGCAACUUCACCGAGGCCCAUGUGGGCAUCUGGCAGGUGCCCCUCCUGGCCAGAUAUCCUGACUUCCUGGCUGCCGGCAUCCUACUUUUGGCCUCCACCUUCGUCUCCUGCGGAGCCCGUGUCUCCUCCUGGCUCAACCACACCUUAUCUGCCAUCAGCAUGGUCGUCAUCCUCUUCAUCAUCAUCCUGGGGUUCGUCCUCGCCCGCUCACACAACUGGGGCAAGGAGGAGGGUGGCUUUGCGCCCUUCGGCUUCUCCGGUAUCAUGUCUGGCACCGCGACCUGCUUCUACGCCUUCGUGGGCUUUGACGUCAUUGCCGCCUCUAGUGAGGAGGCCCGGAACCCGAAGCGAGCUGUGCCCCUGGCCAUUGCCAUCUCGCUUGGCCUCGCGGCCAGCGCCUACAUCCUGGUCUCCACUGUGCUCACCCUCAUGGUGCCCUGGCACAGCCUGGACCCUAAUUCAGCACUCGCUGAUGCCUUCUACCAGCGGGGCUACAGCUGGGCUGGCUACCUCGUGGCGACUGGCUCCAUCUGCGCCAUGACCACUGUCCUGCUCAACGGUCUCUUCUGCCUUCCCCGCAUCAUCUACGCCAUGGCCGCCGAUGGGCUCUUCUUCCAGGCAUUUGCCUACGUGCACCCCCGGACACAGGUGCCUCUGGUAGGCAUCCUGGUGUUCGGGGUUCUCACGGCUUUGGUGGCGCUGCUGCUGGACCUCGAGGCAUUGGUCCAGUUCCUGUCCAUCGGCACACUGCUGGCCUACAGCUUCGUGGCCAUCAGCAUUAUCGUGCUGCGAUUCCAGAAGGUCCCUCUGUCCAGUUCCCCAAGCCCAGCCAGCCCCCGCCCUGCGGCCAAGGAGUACAACUCCUUCUCAGACCACAUAGAGCUGGUGGGCACCGAGCAGGUUCCAGCCCCCGAGCCUGGGCAGCUGCGGCCAGCCCUGAGGCCCUACUUGGGCUUCCUGGAUAGGUGCAGCCCUGGAGUGGCCGUGGCUUCAGCGAUCUGCGUCCUGGUGGCCUCAGCCAUCACCCUGGGCUGCGUGCUGAUCUUCGGGGACUCAGCCCUGCACCUCCCUCGCUGGGGCUACAUCCUGCUGCUUCUGCUCUGCGGCAUCAUGUUUCUGCUCAGUCUCCUUGUCCUGGGGGCCCACCAGCAGCAACGCCAGCAAGACACCUUCCAGAUCCCCAUGGUGCCCCUGAUUCCAGCCCUGAGCAUUCUCCUCAACAUCUGCCUCAUGCUGAAGCUGAGCUACCUGACCUGGGUGCGCUUCUCCAUCUGGCUGCUGAUCGGACUCUUGGUAUAUUUCGGCUACGGCAUCUGGCACAGCAAGGAGAACCAGCGGGAGCUGCCGGGGGUGACCAUCACACGCUAUGUGGUUUUCCCUAGCGGCAGCCUGGAGGAGACAGUGCAGGUCGUGCAGCCCCCCAGCCAGACGCCAGCCCAGGAGCCCAGCAGUCCAUGAGAGCUGCCUGCCCUCCAUCCAAGGCAGCUCCGGUUUGCGGGCCUGCCCAUGCUAGGGGGUCCUUUGGACUGUAGUUCAGGGGCCGAGCUUCGAGUCUUUGGAGCCGGUGUGGCCAGCGCUGGUGUGGUGGACUCUUUGCGCAGUGCCUUCCAGUUUAUGACCAACUCCAGGAACCUGGGCAGGUGGGGUAGGACGGGUGGGGAAGAAGCCCCAGCCUCAGGGAUCCAUGAUAAUAACUGCUUAGCCAGCCAUGUGGCCUGUGUUGUGUCCAUUGUUCUUUGUGGCACUGAGUCCUCACCUGUCCCCAGGAACCACGUGAUUGUCCCCAGUGCAAAGCAAAGGUGCAGAAGUUCUGCAAGGGGGAGAUGCCAGCCCUGGGACAGCCCUGAGUCGAGGACACUCAGGCCAGUGCCCUCUGCCCUGCUCAGAAGACGCUAUACAUACACCCAUAUGCACCAGGUACAGAGGGGCAGUGUCAGGUUCCCCUCCUCUGGAGGAUGGGUACAGACAGAAGUGCCCGGGCCCCAAGGAGGCCACCUAGAAAGGGCAGCAGAGUUCGGGGUCCCCGUGGUUUCUCCAGAGCAUGGCAUGUGCCUGAGGCCUGCCUGGGGAGGCAGAGGCACACCCACACAGGCACACACACAGCUUCAAGCACAUAUCCACAUGCCUGCGUGGCUACGCUGGGGUGCGCACUGUGUGCAGACUGAGGCAGCAGCUGUUUCCAAGCUCAGACCCUGGUGCUGCUCUCCAGCUGCCCCAGGGGAUGGGUGCGCAAGAGCCUGAACCUGCCCCAAGUGCCUUCCAGCCCCCCUGGUCCUUGGGGUGGGGUCCCCAG